GUUACCAAGUGUUAAGUCGACCAAAUUCAUCAAUAGAAUUAGUAUUGGCAUUCACACCGACAGCUCUUAACUCUCUGAGCAUAAAAGAUCAAACAAUGUCAAUGACUGGAUAUUUUCAAUUGAGUUGGGACGAAGAAAGAUUAGCAUGGGAUGCUGACCCUACAUAUAAUUCAAUACGCUACAUCUUCAGUACAUCUGAGUACACAUGGCGGCCAACAUUAUUUAUAGCGAACUCAGUUGGAGACCUUGGUAUUAUAGACGAUGAUGUGAAUAUGAUGAGAAUUUUGAAGGAAGGCAAAGUCAAUUGGGCGCAGAUGAGGAUGAUAACAACACAUUGUGAAAGUGACAUCACAUAUUAUCCUUUUGAUACACAGAAAUGUUCCAUUGUAUUAUCUACUUGGUCUUAUUCAAAUUCCGAGGUCACUAUUUUGUUUGACAACAACCCAGUUGUAAUGGAUUUCUUCAGUGAGAACGGGGAAUGGGUGUAUGCUGGGUACGGAACUUCCGUCUACACUGAAUAUAGAGGAGAUAUAUUUCCUUUUGAUAUGGCUAAGCUAGAAUUUAAAUUCGUUCGUCGACCUGGUUUUAUGGUAAUGAACAUUAUAUUGCCAGUGAUUGGAGUAGCCAUUCUGACUAGUUUUGUUUUCAAGGUAGCAGUUGAUUCCGGGGAAAAGAUUGGUUAUUGUUUGACUGUGAUGCUAGCCUACGCUGUGUACCUCACUUUAGUUGCGGAUAAUAUGCCAACAACGUCGGUAAAUAUAUCUAUUCUCAGUCUAUACAAUUUAAUGGUGCUGAUAGCUGGUAUUCUUUCUAUUCCGAUUACUCUGUUUAUACUAAGAUGUCACCAUAAUGUGUCAAACGACCCUGUACCAAAAUGGCUGUUGUCGACAACUUACUGUUUUCAAAAGUUUCUCCGUAAGUUUCUCCGUAUAUCCGUAUGUUGCUGCUGCAGAAAAAAAGAUAAAAUAUCAACAGAGGUCAAUAUCUUGAAAUCAAAAACCGUAAGCAUCAUCGAUGUAAUAGAGAACGAGGCGUACAAAAUGAAACAAGAUGAUAAACAGGAGCUUGCAUGGAGCGAAAUAAGCAGAAUUUGGGAUGACUUCUUCUUCACCGUCUAUAUGAUUUUUGUUAUUGUCAUAACAACAAUAAUGAUGGCAACAUUGCUUAUUGGAUAUUGUGUUUACGGACAAGAUGAGAGUUGAUCAGACUGCUUUGAGACCUUUCUUCAUCAAUAACAAUUCGUUAAGCAGAUGUAUGUUUGAAGUAAUUUAAAAAUCAAACACUCCUGCAUUAUAUCAGUUGUUUUGUCUGAAAGUAUAAAUUUUGACAACAACAAAUUGUUGAAAUAUAAUUUCUUCCUGUUUAUACCAAUAUAAAAUAAGGAGAUAUGGUAUGAUUUCUAAUGAGACAACCAUACACCAGAUACCAAAUGACGUAGAUGUUAGUAACUAUAGUAACCAUACCACAUAACAAGCUAUAAAAGGACCCGACAUUAUACAAUGUACACAAUUUUUUUCAAACGAGAAAACCAACAGCCUGAUGUAUGCAUAACACAACAAACGAACAAAAGUAAGACGUACGGCAACAAACGAGAACCACUGAAUUGCAGGUUCCUGACUUUAGACAUAUAGAAUGUGGCGGGUUUUUAAGAUGUUUGCGGUGCACAAUCUUUCACUUAACCUGAGACAGUAGUGUAACUGCAAAACAAAAGAACACUAAAAAAAGCCAAGUGACUGAAAGCUAGAUCAAAGCCAUUAACAACUCAAUAAGAAAUCAGGUAUCAAAUACAAAAUAUCCGUUAUUAGUAGUACUGGGAAUGUCAAAUCGGUGAAAGUUACCAGUAAUACUGGGAAUGUCAAAUCGGUGAAAGUUAUCAGGAGUACUGGGAAUGUCAAAUCGGUGAAAGUUAUCAGUAGUACUGGGAAUGUCAAAUCGGUGAAAUUCAUCAGUAGUACUGGGAAUGUCAAAUUGGUGAAAGUUAUCAGUAGUACUUGGAAUGUCAAAUCGGUGAAAGUUAUCAGUAGUACUGGGAAUGUCAAAUCGGUGAAAGUUAUCAGUAGUACUGUGAAUGUCAAAUCAGUGAAAAAUACUUAUCGGAUACCUGUUGGUUUAACUUGCGAUACCCGAGUACUCGCUCGGUAAAAUAUUUACAAAAUGGGAUCACAAAUUGUGCAACCAUGGGUCAGACACAGCUCAAUGAAUUAGCACUGAUGUACGUGUUUGAUACAUUGCAAUUUAACAGUUUCAUUUUGAUGUGACCUUUGAAACUUUCGCUCGCAGACAUCUAAGAAAAUUUUAAGUCUCGAUUGCCAUUUCGUUGUGAGAAGGCGAAAUAAUUUACGAUCGACCUACGUGGAAAGCCUACUACGAAUGAUUCCGACAACAGAAAUAAACGUGUCGUACACCAUUUUGCAGAUAAUUUAAUGUAGGUUUACAAAAUAACAAGUUUCAGUGGUAUAGACAACCGAGGAAUCGAAAUAUAACGAAAGUUCGCGACCAAGUGUCAUUUCUCAAAAAAGCUAGUUGGAUACCUCGUG